GCCAGCUGGCUUCCUCCUGCAUGUCUCAGAUCCCGCUGUGCACUCUCACCAAGGUCUCUCACCUGCCCAUUUUCAUCAUGGAACUUUGCACUGUAAAAUUCCCUUCCCUGUUAAUGCUACCUGCCUCUCCUCUGUAAGACUACAUAUUCCCUGCGGUGGCAUCCUUCCCACUCACUGCUGUGCCCGGACCCAGGAAGGCGCCUUGUGGGGGAAAUGAGCCCACCUGUGCAGAGAUCCCCUCCACGUCUCUCUCUCCCUAACAGUAAAUCCGGAAGGAGCGGAAUGAGAGUGAGCCUCCUCCCCGAGCCUCUGGGUCCAUGGGUCAUCUAGGCUAGCCUCUGUGUGUUCUGAGGCACACACUGACCGCAGUGCUUCCCAGGGCCCUGGACUUUGGCUGUUUGCAGACUUUGCUCUGCCUGGGCCAGCCAGGCUCUGGGUUAGCAUGGCUGGCUGCAUCUUGCUGCUCCGGGGCUUCAUCCUUACCCUCAUCCUGCACCAGGUGGAGCUUUCCGUGUUUCUUCCAGCCCCGAAGGCAAACAACGUUCUGCGGAGGUGGAGGCGGGGUAGUUCGUACUUCCUGGAAGAAAUCUUCCAGGGAAACUUGGAGAAGGAGUGUUAUGAGGAAGUCUGCAACUACGAGGAGGCAAGAGAAGUGUUUGAAAAUGACGUCAUCACGGAUGAGUUCUGGAGACAGUAUGGGGGUGGCUCUCCGUGCGUCUCCCAGCCCUGCCUCAACAACGGGACAUGCGAGGACCACAUCCGCAGCUACAGCUGCACGUGCUCUCCGGGCUAUGAGGGCAAGACCUGUGCAAUGGCUAAAAAUGAAUGUCACCUAGAGAGGACGGAUGGAUGCCAGCAUUUCUGCCACCCGGGGCAGUCAUCUUACAUGUGCAGUUGUGCAAAGGGCUACAAGCUGGGCAAGGACCAGAAAUCAUGUGGUCCAAGUGGUCAGAUUAACAAAUUCGGAAGGAGAAGACUUCUGUGCCGGCGUGUUACUACAGGAAGACUUCGUGUUGACAACAGCAAAGUGUUCGUUAUUGCACAGCAACAUCAGUGUAAAAGCAAAUGUUGACCAGAGGAUCAGGAUCAAGAGCACUCACGUGCACAUGCGUUAUGACGAGGAGUCGGGGGAGAACGACGUGUCACUGUUGCAGUUGGAGGAGCCCUUGCAGUGCCCCAGUUCUGGUCUCCCGGUCUGCGUCCCAGAGAGGGACUUUGCAGAGCAUGUCCUCAUCCCUGGAACGGAGGGUCUCCUCAGUGGCUGGAUGCUUAAUGGCACACACCUGGCUACCACACCGAUGCUGCUGUCGGUCACACAAGCAGAUGGCGAGGAAUGCGGACAGACCCUGAAUGUAACGGUCACUACGAGGACAAGCUGUGAGAAGGGCAGUGUGGUGAUGGGGCCUUGGGUGGAAGGAAGUGUGGUGACCCGAGAACACAAGGGCACCUGGUUCCUCACGGGGAUCCUAGGCUCGCCACCACCACCAGGGCAAUCGCAAAUGCUCCUCCUCACCGCAGUCCCGAGAUACUCCAUGUGGUUUAAACAGAUCAUGAAGUAGCUGAAAUCCAACAACAUGGCUGCCAGAGGGUCGAAUCCGGUCACAGUUAGCACUGGAAGAUGACCUCUUAUUCCUUGGAACUUUACAUUUUUCUUUACUCUUGAGAAUUUCAUACACACAUAUAAUGAAAUGUGACUACACCCACAUCCCAUUUCCCUUCUCCAACUCCACUUAUAUUUCCUGAGACUCCACUAAGUUCAGUUAGCACUACCUCUGUGUGUAUGGUGUGGGGCCAUCCACUAGAGCACCCUCAGGACUACACAAUUUUCCCUCCCUCAGCAGCUAUCAACUGCCAACAGCUCCUCAGUGGGGAGUGUGGCAGGGACCACCCCCCAUCUAUGUCAGAAUCUGGCUUGAUCUUGUGCAGUCUUGACCAGGUCACCCCAGCUGCUGAGUCUGUUCCCACUAGAAGGCACUCUUCUCGACAUCCCUCCCACCUCUCAGCUGUAUGUUUUUCCCCAUUCUCUUGGACGAUUUUCCCUAAGCCUUGAUGGAGGUGGAGGUGUAGGUGCAAGAGAAAGGGAGUUGGGGCCUGUUGAUUAAGAUGUCCCCCAUAGGCCUGAGCCCUCAGCCCCUACUCUAACGCUUUGACUAAUUAUACAUCUUUGCAUUAACUGCGGCCCAUUAUGAAAAGAGGGUUCUUUGACCAAAGCUGCCAACAGCCCAGCUCUAUGGUAUGAGCAUAUAUAUUUAGAAGGUAAUUUUUAACAUGACCUUUUAGCAAAGUAACACUAGCAGCUUCUACCCCAGGCCUGUGACCUCCCCAGUCACAAGCUUUUGGCCGAGAUUAUAGCUUCAGGCAUGGAAUCCCUGUGAAGCAGGCCUCACAAUCAGCCAGAAAGCAGUUCUGUACCCACAAUUGCACCAAUGUGCACAUCUUGCCUGGCAUGUCAGUGUUGUGGACGAGGGCCCAGCACUGGGUAAGACCAUUGUUGCCUCCGCUGUUCCUGUAGCUAGCACAGGCUUCUGGCCUUAUGAAAGCUAGCCAGCAAGGCGUUUCUUUGGUAAUUUUUAUCCAAACAGAGGCCUUAAGGGAAAAAAAAAUAGGAUUUGUGAAAUAAAAGCAGUGUCAGUCGUAAACUGGCCGAGUUACUGAGUGGAAGCUGAGUGGAGAGAGGCUGUGAACACCCGUGGUUGUGUCACAGUUGGUGUGUCGAACACUGGAACAGGAGGUGCAAGGGCAGCCUCAUUCUGGUUCUGCUAGGGAGAGGAGAGCAAGCUUAGUACUGAAGAGGGCCCUGGACCUCCUGACAAGGCUGUAGCUAGACACGCUGGGCGAAGCCCUCAGCGGAUUCCAGGAGUGCGGCAGCCUCUCAACUCAGCCCUGUGGUUGGGGAAGCUGUGCUUACGCAAGACCUUAGUUUCCUGUGCCUCAGCACCUUCAUCUCUAAGAGGAAUAGCUCAACUGUGGCUAUGAUGACAUUUAAAAGGGGAGGAAAAGGUAAACUGAGCCCCAAGUCUGAAGAUAGACUGGGCUGUGAAAUAAGGCACUGUCUCAAACGAACAAAUAUAAGGGGCCAAAGCAGUGUGCCCUUAGGCAAGAGAUAAGUGUGAGUAUUUAAUGUUGAUGCAAACUAGUUACAAUAAUGUAUGGGUCUGUGUGCCCACGAACUAGGACACCAGAGACAGCACACAGCACAGUGUGGAGACAGCACACAGACACACACUGUGGAGACAUCACACAGCACACACUGUGGAGACAUCACACAGACACACAGUGUGGAGACAGCACACAGACACACACUGUGGAGACAUCACACAGACACACACUGUGGAGACAGCACACAGUGUGAAGACAGCACACAGUGUGGAGACAGCACACAGCACACACUGUGGAGACAUCACACAGACAAACAGUGUGGAGACAGCACACAGACACACACUGUGGACACAGCACACAGUGUGGAGACAGCACACAGACACACACUGUGGACACAGCACACAGUGUGGAGACAGCACACAGACACAUACUGUGGACACAGCACACACUGUAGAGAGGUUGCUUCUUUAAUUUCUAAAUUCAACUAUUCGUCACUUCAAUCAGGUUCUGACUUACGACGUCACUGUUUAAUAAAUUACCUGGAGCAGCCUGAAAA